AUCAGCCGCCGAGCCAGGAUCGGUGCGGGUCCCGCCAGGAUGGCCGUGCGCGACCGGCAACACCCUCGGCGAUAGGGCCCGCCGCAGCCAUGGCCCAGAGGCUGGUGGGGGGCUCGUCUGCCCCCCAGGGGGAAGACUUCUCCUUCGUCAGCCCCCUGGUCAAAUACCUGCUUUUCUUCUUCAACAUGGUUUUCUGGAUGAUCUCCAUGGCGAUGGUGGCAGUGGGAGUCUAUGCCCGCUUGAUGAAGCAUGCAGAAGCGGCCAUGGCUUGCCUCGCCGUGGACCCUGCCAUCCUGCUGAUCGUCGUCGGCAUCCUGAUGUUUUUCAUCACGUUCUGCGGCUGCAUCGGCUCCCUGCGGGAGAACAUCUGCUUGCUGCAGACGUUCUCUGUCUGCCUGACGGUCAUCUUCCUGCUGCAGCUGGCGUCGGGUGUCCUGGGGUUCGUCUUCUCCGACAAGGCACGCGGGAAAGUGAGCGAAAUCGUCAACAACGCCAUCGUACAUUACCGGGAUGACUUGGACCUCCAGAACCUCAUUGACUUCGGCCAGAAAGAGUUCAGCUGCUGUGGUGGCGUCUCCUAUAAAGACUGGUCCCAAAACUUGUAUUUCAACUGCACGGCCCACAACCCCAGCUGGGAACGCUGCUCUGUGCCUUAUUCCUGUUGCUUGCAAACCGACGACCAGUCGGUCAUCAACACCAUGUGCGGCCAAGGGAUGCAGGCUUUCAACUACCUGGAGGCCAGCGAGUUCAUCUAUACCAACGGCUGCAUCGACAAGCUGGUGAACUGGAUCCACAGCAACCUCUUCCUCCUGGGCGGAGUAGCGCUGGGAUUGGCAAUUCCCCAGCUGGUUGGUAUCCUGCUCUCCCAGGUCCUUGUCAACCAGAUCAGAGACCAGAUUAAGCUUCUGCUCUACAACCAGCAGCACCGAGCCGACCUCUGGUACUGAAAGCGCUCGCUUGCGGGGAAAUCAGAAAUGAGAAAUGUAUUUAUUUGUGGCCUUCCCUACGACCAAACCCU